AAUCACUCUCUUCUUCUGCACGCCUCUUCUUUUUCUCUCACUAACCCUAAAAGCCCAUCCUCGUGAGUCAUUGCCGCUUCUACUUCUAGGGUUUCUUUUUUUUUUUUUACGACGUUGCUGCAAAACCAGAGCACCCCAUCCCCAAGGAACCCUCGCAAAUCGCAGCGGCGCUCCGAGCUCGAGAUUAGAGAAGAAAAAGAUUCAACCUUUGUGGAAGAGGAUGGAAAACCCAGAACGAGAAGACAAAUCGCGCGAACUAAGAAAGAGAAACCUAACUCCGUUCCACCUUCAACCCCAUCUCCAAAGAGUGAAGAAGAGAAUGGUUGUAAUCUGGACCAUGUUGGACAGGUGGUGGGUGAUUUGAUCAUGUGGAAGGAUGCGUCAAAGUCAACCUUUUGGUUUGGUUUUUGUUCUCUUUGUCUCUUGUCUUCGUGCUUUACUCAAGGACUCAACUUUAGAAAUGAGGUUGAAGAAAAGAGGGAAAUCAAGCUGACACAGGAUGACAUUUUGCAUCUUAAACUUUCCUUGUCUUUAUUUAAAUUGUCCGUCAAUUUGUGCUUGGGUUUUCUUAUAAUUUGGGGUUGAGUUGCUGUUUUGUCAUUUACUUUUGAGUAGGUAUGCAACUGCCAGUGCACGCUCUGAUGGGCUUCUUCUACUUUGUGGAGGGAGGGACAUCAAUAGUGUUAUACAUUGACUAUCUAUUCCUCGGAGAUUAUGUUGAUAGGGGCCAACACAGCCUGGAAACUAUAAGUCUUCUGCUUGCUCUAAAGGUUGAAAAUAUUCAGCGUCCAAUUACAAUGGAAGCAGGAUCAAUUGUGCUUAUGGAUCUAUUAUGGUCUGAUCCUACGGAGAAUGAUGACAGUGUUGAAGGGCUGCGGCCAAAUGCUAGGGGUCCAGGAUUAGUCACUUUUGGGAAUCAGAAAUCUUACAGAUUGAAGAGGCAAUUGCAAUUCAAGGAAAUAGUUCUUUUGAGGAGAGAGCAAUUAUACUUUACAAGAGAUUGACAGAUUAUAUUGGAUUGCCCUGUCCGCAUAGCUCGAGGUUGCAAGUAUUGUGUUGCAGAUCAUAGAUCUUCUUGCCUAGUCAAAAUUAAAGAUGACAAACAGCUCUCAAGGGUGUUUCAGGUGACACUAAGCAAUUCGUUUAAUUUAAUGUUACCCACAAUGAAAUUUAAGCUUCAAGUAAGGCAAGCUCGAAGGAAUCAGAACAAAUUGAUAGUCUAUUCUAUUCAUAUGCCAAUGGGUCUACCGGGUUGAUUGAGUAAGUGUGCUUCAUCCAAGACUGUUUGUUUUCUUUCCUCCAUUCAAUAUGCAUAUAUCGAAUUGCAUUAUCUUGUUGUUGUUUUCUUAAUUCAAGUUUCAAACCUUGGACAUGGAUCCAGUGGCAGAUCUAGGACAAUCUAUUUAAAGAAUAAAAAUUAACAAGUAUUACCAUGAAAGGAGGGGAAAAUAAAGGCAGGGGUUCAAAUAUGCAAAAUUAGGAGGGACAAAAUAUUGGAUUGAAAGUGAGGGGUGCAUGUGCAGCCCCUCAUUUAAGUGUGGAUGCACCACUGCAUGAAUCUGUUAGGGAUAAAUAGCAUUCAAUCAACUAUUACAUACUAUUAUAAAUGACCUGUUAAAGGUGCAUAUCUCAUUUAAUAUAGCUAGGUGAAUUUCACAAGUAGUUAUGAGCAGGAUUUUGGGGGGUAUAUGCACAGACAAAAUGACAAUAACACCCUAGUCCUAUUAUACUGAAAUACUCAGACUAUAAGGUUCGUUUUGUGUAUAAAUAUGAUAGUAACGUAAUAGGGUAAGUAUAAAAAAUUUGAUCAACUCUUGUAUUAUCAGGCAUUUGGUGUGUGUAAUGUAAGUGACUUAAUUGUAUAUAUAUAUGACUAUCUGCUAUGACUAUACAACUGCCUGUUGCUUUUUUUCUUUGGUAUCUCACCCAAUUCCUCACAGAAACCUCCAAGCCUGAACCCAACUGACCCCUCACUUCCAGUUCAACAGUUUAUUCUCUUCACUCUCUUCCUUCACCCUACCUCUCCUGCUAUGAUCAAACUAUUGUGUAGGGUUAUGGUGAUUGACAUGCUUCUCUUCAAGUAUAUCAUGUUUCCCAAUGUUGGCAAUGGACACUCACCUAGAUGCCAUGAAUCCCUUCACAGUGUGGCGUGGACUAGCUUCCAGCUUGUGAUGUAAGUGUGGCAGUGGAAACCAGAAAACAUAUAUACAAGCAAGGUAGUUUCUUGUACUUAUUCAUUAACUAUUUUGAUAGUUGAAAAUUGACACGAGUUUAUAAAUUAAGUCUCAUAUGAGACAUUACCUAGCUAGGACGCCACAAAAAUUUCAGGAAAAUAAUAAAUAAAAAAACAACAUUCUACAUCGGUUAUGGAGGUACAAACGAUGUAGAAUGUCCACAUUCUACAUCGGUUAUACCUGCAGAACCGAUGUAGAAUGUGGACAUUUUACAUCGUUUAUACCUUCAGAACCGAUGUAGAAUGUCCACAUUCUACAUCGUUUGUAUCUUCAAAACCGAUGUAAAAUGUCCACAAUUUUAAAAUGGCCAUUAGAAUCGAUGUAGAAAGGGUCUACCACCACGCAUCAUAACCGAUGUAAAAUGACCAUUAAAAUCGAUGUAGAAAGCCAUUUUUUUAGUAGUAGGGUAGGGACAUUUGGUUAUCAAUUUUCAUUAUGUCUUAAAUUUGAAUUGUCAUUUAUGUAUGCCAAAAAGUAUUAUAAAAAGAAUGGGACAAUUACAAUCUGUUAAGUACAUUUAUAUUUUUUUAUUUAAUUAUUACAUCUAUUUGUCCUACACAUUCUUUAUCUUAUUAAUUUACUAUUACUAUAUUUCCUGCUUGAGCAUGACCCCAUGGACCCAACACUGUUACCGAGUUACAUCCUCUCCUUUUCUUGCCCUUUUUUUUCUCAUUG